GUAUUCAAUUGUCGCCCAGAGCGGAAACCAUUUUGUCUCUUUAAAAAGGGGUGGGGAUAGCUACAGUUAAUUGGAGGUAGGGUUACUAAGAAAAACAAAAGGGUAGGGUCAACAAAUUUGUAUUUGAAAUGUGGCAAACACGAAUUAGUUCUCCAUUUGGUUUAAGUGCUGAAACACGUCCGAACACGUUUGUGCAGGUAAUCGACAAGCAGCUCGUUAAAUGUGUGAAUAUCAAACGUCAAAUAACAGCCAAAAAACAACGAGAUUGAUUACUUUUAACAAAUAUCACGAGAGAACAACAUCCAACUUAUGUUUGACCUUUAACAAAAACGAUAAUACGACGUCAUCGAAGCCAAUUCAGACUGUUGUGUUUUCUACUUCUUGGUAAUGAACUCGCCUUCAAGUAAGUCAAUUGCAUUUCAUAAGUUUUAACUGAGACGUCAUUAAUUAAUUUCAGAAAUUAUAGGCUUGUUAUAGUUGGAAAACUGUCAAGUGCAGCUGGCCCCCUUCUUCUGAAGAGAGAAAAUGGACAAUCCAGCUCUUUACAGUCGCCGGAAUUCCAGCAACCAAAUGCUCUACAGUCGCCGGAAUUGGAUGGACAAGGAAACUUGUCUCGGGAUUUUAAGUGCCGUCCUUGACACCAUGUCCUAUCCUAAUCGUGUCGUCAAUGAUAGCGACCCCCCUCAUUCCAACAGCAUCGACGUCAAAGACCUUCACCGACUCUUGAUGAAAGGCUGUUACCACCAACGUGACCGUGAGAGCCUCGACCAUUCGAAAAAUCCGGUCGGGACUUUCAAAACUUCGCGGGAAAUUCAAAUCUUUUUCAAGUCUUGGUCGACGACGGGCAGAAUCAUCGCGAUCAAUAUCCAGCCGACGGCGACCAUCCGCCAAUUGAAGGAGCGGAUUUUUCUCAAAGAAGAUAUUCCGCCGGAGCAGCAGCGCCUGAUUUACUCCGGAAAGCCAUUGCCGGAUGACGGAUUAAGCUGUGAAACUUUGCAAAACUACGGCAUCGGCCAGGAAAGCACUUUGCAACUUUUACUCCGGCUGAGAGGCGGUGGACCAUCAUCCUCAUCCGGCGUCGUCGACUGCCCGAGUAUCCAUUUGGCUCCUGAUUUGUUUGACGAGCGCUACCACCACGAUUUCAGCCGCAUCUGCGAUCAAGGAUUCAAUUUCUACCGGGGCGGAGUCAUCUACAUUCGCCCGUGCGGAUGGAUCCGGCUGGCCUUGAAUGUGGAAGGCAAGUACGCGGACGACGUCUGGCUCAAAGGCAAUCAGGGCAAACGGCCCGAUCCUUACUCAUCGGUCGAUGGGGAGUGGCCGGUAAGUUACCACGGAACUUCCUACCACAACGGACUAUCCAUCGCCCGCCAAGGAUUCGAUCUGGCCAAGUGCAAACGAUCCAAACACGGGUACGGCAUCUACUCGACGCCGGACAUUGAGUGCGCUCUGAAAUUCGCCGAAUGCGGAACUUACAACGGGCGCACCUACAAGUUGGUCAUCCAGAAUCGCAUCAACCCCGAGAGUUUGAUGAAAAUCAGCCGCACUGAGACUCGCGGAGGUGAAUAUUGGAUCUCGUCCAGCGAAAAGGACGUCCGGCCCUAUGCCAUUUGCAUUCGUGAAUGCGUCAAUAACGAUGGCCUUUGGUGUUAUUGAUUUUUUUGAAUUUUUGCCAUUUUGAAUUUUUUUUUAAACCCUAAGUUUUGAUGAAUUUCUUUUUCUUCCUUUUUUUAAAAAAAUCUGUUGAACAUUUUUGUGUAAUAAGUCUCGUCAGUUUGGACAAAGAAUAUAACAAAUUUAAUUAAA